CUUGCUUGAACUGACAAUAACAUAAUUGUUUUUACUAAACCUCACGUACGUAUCUAAACUGGAGAAAACAGGAUAGGAAUAUGUUCAGAAUACUUUGUAUCACACAGAUUAUAGCAAUUUUUGCUUUGACUGCAUCUUGGGCACUUGAGACCCAUCGUCUAAUCAAACGACAUGAUGGAGCAGAUAUAGCACAAGACAUUGUGCAUGAUAUUGAGGAAAAUACAGUGGCCAUAACAGUCAGCCAAACACCUGCGCAUGAAUACCUUGUUCCCACAGUCAACUUUCAUGAUUUCAAUACGAAAUAUGUCGUGUUUAAGGAUAUUGAACACGAAGUGUGUCUCCUUACCUACGCACCAGUACCAUUUGCUACUCCUAGUAUAUACAAACUUGGGAAAACAGACUUGACAUUAACGUACACAGCAGAAGUGCAAAAUAAAAUUCUUAGCAAUGACGAAAUCCGUUUGAGAGCUGGUUCUAACAUUGGCGAUUUCUGUGCAGACUACAAGACAUUAUGGAUGGAUCUUAUACCAAAACAUGACAACAAACUGGCCAAAAGAGGAGAGAAUGAACCAGAACCUUGCGCUCUUGCUUGCGGAAUAUGUAUAGUAGAGGCAGACAAAGGAUACCAAACAGUUGGAGCUGCAAAUGUGCUUGGUUGAAAUAUACGCCUAUUUUAAACAGGAGAAUAAAGACUAUCUAAGUCUGAUUUUACGAUAAAUACACCCUUAUAAGUUAAAUUCAUGAAUAACAAAUUAUUAUACCACAUUUAUAAAUAACACUCUUUUCAUACACGUGAACACGUUCAAAUGUGCUUUACAUGUCUUGACAUAACUUCCAAAAAUACAAAUGAUAAUGAAUUCAAAAGAAACAA